CACUCAUCCUUCUCAAAGAAGUAAUUGGGAGAUUCAAGAGAGAAAGAUAGAAAUGAAUGAUGUCCUAUCAUUUGCUGGCAGCACAUUGAGACUGGACCAAGAUGACACAGUCUACUUCCAUCAAGAGGACAAGGUAGAAGUUGAUGAUGAGAAAAGGAUCCAGUUCUCUAUUGGCAAAACUAUCAUUGAAUUUGGUUCUGAUAAGCUCCAAGAAGCUACCAUUGAUAUAAUGGAGAAUGGUGAUGAUAAGAAGGGGAUACCAGCUCUAGGAGCUAGUACUGAUUAUAAAUUAAAGAUUUCUCAUUGCUUGCAAGAAGCUAAUGCUGAUGAAGCUGAUAUUCUCUCCAAUGUAUUGUAUGGUCAUGAUUUCAUUACAGAUGGAUUACUGUCAAGCAGUAAUAAAGUUAAAGAAGCAAAGGAUGCAAUGAUGGAGUUGAAUAGCAUCCUACCAUCAUUUGAGAUGACACUCAAGCAAGUUAAAUUAGAGUCUGACUCUCAAAAAACAAUGAAAUUGAUUGAUACUUGGAGGAAGUUGCUUGAGCUGGAAUCAAAGUAUGGAGCAUUGCCAGGUACUAGUGCAAAAUUACCACAACUGCUAGAUAGACUGAAUGAGAUUAAAACUGAUGCUUCAUCUUAUGAGGAGAGAUCACUGAUAUGUCAUCUAUUGAGUUAUGAAGGAAGUCUUGAAUCACAGCAGGCACUAUUGGGUGUGUUAAAAUCCACACCAACAACAUCAAAAGAGAUUGACAGUGUAUUGAAUGAUAUUGUAAUGCUAACAUCAGUCGACCCAAGCACUGUUGAUUCAUUGUUCAAUUACUAUGAGUCAUUGAAACCAGAUCAAACCUCGACUGAUCAACUCCUCCUCUCCAUAGCUACACUCGGUCGACAUGAAAAUGUAGAAGAGAAUAUUGUUAGCUACCUUUCGGUGAAAUUAAUGUCAAGCAGAAAAGUUGAAGAUACUUCACUUAUAUUACAAGCACUGGGUAACACGGCCUCAAAAAAGAUUGUACCACUAGUACUGCCAUUUGUGUCUGAUCCUGACUUCCAAUCAGACAGUAUUGAUGCACUCAGGGGAGUAUCAAUGGAUGAAAGAGUAGAGAGAGAGUUUGCUGACAUCAUCGCUCAGUCUCUUCAUAAACCUCAGCUCGUUAUUGAGAUUGUCGAGAGCCUAUUGUUCCCAUUUAAAGACUCACUCUAUUCUCCACAACUAAAGAAAGACCUUCUUGUAUGUGAAGGCCUCAAAACCUCACUAGUACAGGCUGGUAUUAAGAUACAUAGUGAUGGAGUUACUAGCCUCCUUAAUAAAUAUUUUGUUAGUAUUAAAGAUGAGGCCUCAAUUCAAGAGUUAAGAGAAGGACUACAACUAGUGGAGGCAUUGCAAGGAAGAAAGAAAAGAUCAUCCACUUCUAACUGGGACUCUAAUGCAGACUCAAAAUACGACCUCAUUGAGUCACAUUCUGUAAGAACUAAAGACGUCAAUACUUAUCCAUACCACAAAGGAUAUCUAUGGGCAAUACAGAUUGGCUACAGUAAAAUACAUGCAGACAUUGCUGCUGGUGGAUUCGGAGGCAUAGGUAUCCCUGGUAUUAAACUGUAUGCAAGAGCAAGAUUCGACUUGGUCGUGUGGUCAAGGAGGUACACAGCUCUUGAUAUUAUCUUUAGUUAUUUAAGAGAAGUCCCUGAUGAUCAGUCAGUGAGUACUUUAGAGUACAGACGGUACAUGAAAGUUGUUGGAUAUACACUUUUGAAUGACCACCACAAGGAGACUAAAGAGUACAAAUACAAACGUGAGUUUCAAAAGAAGCUACUCGUAUUCAAAGCAGGCUACAAGUUCUUUAUAUACGUUGGAUACUUGAGUCUCGAUAUAGCUGGUGAAAUUGUUGGAACUGCAACGUAUGAAGCAUACAUUGCUCGUAUGGACAAUGAUAAGAACUUGAAAGCGUUAGCUCAUGUGAUUACUGGGCCUACACUAACUGUUAAAGGAGAAGCUUCAGCUACCAUACUGGAAGUAUUUAAGGUUGGUUUAGAUGUACCAGCUUCCAUUAUAUACACAAUCACUCCAGAAGCCUCCACUUCACUCUGUGAAGAGAAGCCCAAAGGAGAUGCCAAUGCUUGCUUUGAGGUGUUCAGUACUACCAGAGGUACAAUAGGUGUGGAAGCAUGGUGGCAGAGGAGAACCAUAUCAUGUAAAUGGAAAUGGGGACCUAAAUGCUCAAUCCACUGGAAAGACAGGAACAACUUUGGCCCUCUCUCUCAUACUUGGAAUCUGGUGACUCUCAAGAAGAGACUCUUUGGUAUAUGCAACAUAUGUACCUGUACUGGUAGCAACUUCUUCACUAAACUGUGCAAGAGAGGGUUCACUGGAGCUGCUAAGUGUUCCUGCAAAAUCCAAUACAGCUUUGGGAAAUAGAAUAAAGAUAUAGUGUUAUAUUCAAACUGUUGGACCUUUAUUA